UAAUUAUGCUUUGGCACUACAUAUAGACUGAUCAACAAACAAUUAAAACUCCAGAAUUAAUGUUAACUAAUUCAAUAUAUAAAUUAAGUUCCUUAAAUCAUUGGGGAAAUAUUUAAUGUGGUGUACUGAUUAACCAUGUGUUUAAUAUUUUUAAAGUUAAUUAUAUAAGAAGCCAAAUCUGAAUUAUAUAUUUUAAAUGGUUCUACCCAUUAUAAGUAAGACAUGAUAGGAGCUGCUGUUGGAAAUGAAAAUUGGUAUCUCUGGUGGAAGAAAAUUUAACACUGUACCGGGAAGCUCUUAAAAUUCUCUAUUAUUCCAUCUUGUUCUAUUUCUAGGAAGUCAGUAUGUGGAAUGUAUUUCCCCUGUAUGUUGAGAAAAACGUUCCAAAUGGCAGUGUUAUGCAAAUACUCUUAGAAAAUACAUGUGUGUAUGUAGCGAUAAACACGGGACAUUUUCUUCUCUUCGCUUUUCUAUGUAUCUCUACGAUGUUAAAGUAUUUAAUGAGGAUGGCGCUCGAAACGUAUUAAAUGGGAAAAAAGAAAAAGAGAGUAAGAGUUUAGGAUUCAAAAGAAUUGCGUGAAAAAGAACAAAGGAGCCAGCCUAAGCGGCCGGUUCCGCUUUUGGCUCCCUCCCCCCAACCCACAGGGACUUCCUGCUGCAGGUCCUUAGGUCUUCACUCUGGUCCGCUAGGCUCCUUAUAAAAAGGAGCCUCGGCGACCGACCGCGCAAUUGUACUCUGUGCAUCUCGCAAUGUCUGGACGCGGCAAAGGCGGCAAGGGGCUUGGCAAGGGCGGCGCCAAGCGCCAUCGCAAGGUGCUGCGCGACAACAUCCAGGGCAUCACCAAGCCCGCCAUCCGGCGCUUGGCCCGGCGUGGCGGCGUCAAGCGCAUCUCCGGGCUCAUCUACGAGGAGACCCGCGGGGUGCUCAAGGUGUUCCUGGAGAACGUGAUCCGGGACGCCGUCACCUACACGGAGCACGCCAAGCGCAAGACGGUCACGGCCAUGGACGUGGUGUACGCGCUCAAGCGCCAGGGCCGCACCCUCUACGGCUUCGGGGGCUGAGUCCACCCGCGCGCUCGCCUUCUGUAGCAAAACCAAAGGCCCUUUUCAGGGCCCCC